AUGGAAGAGAAGAAGCCUGAGAAGGUAAGACGGCGACAAAGAGGGCAACUGGUGCCCAUCCCAGUAGAGGAGACACAGGUGCAGGAAAAAGAGGAGUAUGCAGUGACAAAGGAGAUGGGCAUCGUAAAAGGCGAGAAAGCAAUCGUGGGAAGAAAGAGAACGAGGAGAAAAGAGAAGGCAUUCCCACAGGAGGAGAAAGAGAGGUUACAGAGUGAGAAAGAGGAGGGUCAGUUCCGGGAGGAGGAGGAGAAAAAGACUGAACAGAAAAAGCAGUUGGUUCGGGAAAAGAAAGUGAAGCAUCUCCAGAAAAAGAAGCAGGAGGAAGAGGAAGAGGAGGAGGAGGAGGAAGAGGAGAAAAAGACUGAACAGAAAAAGCAGUUGGUUCGGGAAAAGAAAGUGAAGCUACUGGAGGAGCGUCGUCAGAAAAAGAAGCGUCGGUUCCAGGAGGAGGAGGAAGAGGAGAAGGAGGAAGAGGAAGAGGAGGAGGAGGAGGAAGAGGAGGAAGAGGAAGAGGAGGAUGAGGAAAUGAGGAGACAGAAAGAAGCAGCUGAGGAAGAAAAGAAACGGAGAGCUGAAAAAGCCAGAUUAGCUGCUAUAAUAGAAAAACUAUCUCUGAGAAUGGAAGAGAAGAAGCCUGAGAAGGUAAGACGGCGACAAAGAGGGCAACUGGUGCCCAUCCCAGUAGAGGAGACACAGGUGCAGGAAAAAGAGGAGUAUGCAGUGACAAAGGAGACAGGCAUCGUAAAAGGCGAGAAAGCAACCGAGGGAAGAAAGAGAACGAGGAGAAAAGAGAAGGCAUUCCCACAAGAGGAGAAAGACAGGUUACAGAGUGAGAAAGAGGAGGGUCAGUUCCGGGAGGAGGAGGAGGAGGAGAAAAAGACUGAACAGAAAAAGCAGUUGGUUCGGGAAAAGAAAGUGAAGCAUCUCCAGAAAAAGAAGCGUCGGUUCCGGGAGGAGGAGGAGGAGGAGGAAGAGAGGAAAUUGCCCUAUAGCGUUAAGAUCAAGCGGAAGCCUGUUGCCAAGGAGAAAAAAAAAGCCAGAGAGGAAAGAAAGGAGGCAGCUCAGAAGCAGGCUGUGGAAAGCGAGGUUCUUCCUGAAGAGAUAGAGGCUGAAGUCAAGAAAAAACUACGGUUGAAAGAGAAGCAGCUAUGGAAGGUUCUGGCUGGGAUGCUUAGAGAAGGGGACUCAAUGCCUGUGGAGAAGACAAGCAGGCCAGCAGAAGGCACUCUCCCGGCUAUGAGCGUUGAAGGCCACGGGUGGAAAGUUUUCAAGAAACAGGGCUUGAAAACUGAAAAAGAGAGGGAGCGUGAGGGCGACAGGCUGGCCAAGAAAGCCCUCUUGGAGGAGGACUGCAAGCUGUUAAGGAAGAACCAGGAGAAGAUUUUCCUGGACACAGCCCAGGUGGAGACCCUGCUGACGACGCUCCAGGAAGGACAGCUCUUGAAGGAGAGUCUGCUGGCAGAGCUCAGCAAGCACAUUGAAGAGAGUGAGCGGGGAACAGUCCAGCUGAAGUGGCUGCUAGACACCAUCAGAAGCGGCUUCUUUGAGGAAUUGGCUGAGGAGAUAAUGGAGGAACAGCGGUAUGCCAAAGACAUGGCUACUUGGACGGAAAAGUUUUACCAGCUCAUGGACCUCUACCAGCUUCAGUCCCCCCGAAUCCAGAGGCUGCUGCAGGACCUGCUACUAGCAAAAGAGCCUCAGUCCCAAGAGUUCGUCUCCGAAGAGACUCUGAAGGCCUUGGAGCUAGUGCCCGGGGAGCGGCUGUUCUGCCACCAAAGAAAAAAAGGAAAAGAGGUGGAGGAAGUGGUGAGAAAGGAGGAGGAAAUGGAGGAGAAGGAAGUGAAGGAGGAAGGAACUUGGAGGAUUGGGCCUUUGUUCCGCUACCACGGACCCCAACUGUUGAAACUGUAA